AUGGGAUUCCUGCCACCCCAAAUGCCACUAUCAAGACCCCCUACUGCAUGGGAAGAAUGGGAGGCAACCUUGGACGCCGCAACUUCGCAACGUUUCAAGGCAGCUGAGCAACUUGCAGCGUUGGAUGGCUCACAGAAAUUCAUCGAGGAAGAAAAAGCUUCAGCAUGGAGGAAGUUGGUCGAUAAGUCCAUUACUAUUCCUCGUUCGCUUACUGUACCUCUGCUUGGUGUCUCAGGCGGGCUGAACCACGCACCUUUCAUUACGUAUUCCGAUCAUGAUCUUCAAAAUUGGUCUCUCAAGGACCUCCACGGUCAGGACACUGUUCCAAUGAGUGACAAUGUUCAGUCUCAGCUCACGUUAACGGGAACUCCUGACGAAGCUGGAAUGUAUCUUGUCGGUAUACGAAUGGAGCUCAAAGGUGCUGAGGCAACUGAGUUACUGAGACUAUCCACCAAAGCGAUCGAAGCUGGCAAUAACAUCGACGUUGAUCGCAUUGUAACAUAUCUUACGCAAACAGCUAAAGUCAUCGAAGAGCUGAAAGGUAUCUUGAUGACUACUAAGGAGCUAGUUAGACCCGAGAUAUUCUUCAACGACAUUCGACCAUGGCUUGUUGGGGUUGAUGCCGACAAGUGGGGUUGGAAAUGGGUUUGGGAGGGUAAGGAGGAGAUCGAAAACUCGGAAGAAAUGCUAACAAAGGUUAGUAGUUCGACUGCUGGUCAAAGUCCCUUGAUUCCUACUCUGGAUGCGUACCUGGGCAUAGAGGAAGACGACAGCAAACGCUCGUUCCUGGAUCGUGUGCGAGUUUAUAUGGAUCAUCAACACGAGGAAUACCUCCAGAGCCUCCGAUUGAGAAAGGAAAUUAUUAGAUGGUUUGUUCAGAACAUAGCAAAGGAAUGA